AUGAUUCCACACUGUGGGACAACAGCUGUCAAAUGUGGAGAAGGCAAUGGUAUUGGACAAGUGCUCAUGUCCACUGUCAAACACACCUACAAUGGUAAAGCCGCAGAAACGAACAGCGAGUAUUUGGACCUGUUGUUUGAAAGCAAAACGCAUAUUUGCUUAAAGAAAAGAAGCCUGUUUGACUUUAUUUUUUGUAGUCAUUUGUUGCUGCCAAUUUUUGAAGCGGAAUUUUGUCGACCGACUAGCAAAAUGGGAAAUGAAGCAAGUUAUCCCCUGGAGAUGUGCUCUCACUUCGAUGCUGAUGAGAUUAAGAGGCUAGGAAAACGAUUUAAGAAACUUGACCUAGAUAACUCUGGAUCCCUGAGCGUGGAAGAGUUCAUGUCCCUGCCGGAAUUGCAGCAGAAUCCAUUGGUGCAAAGGGUCAUUGAUAUAUUUGACACAGAUGGCAACGGGGAAGUGGAUUUUAAAGAGUUUAUAGAGGGUGUUUCACAGUUCAGUGUCAAGGGAGACAAGGAACAGAAGCUCAGAUUCGCUUUCAGGAUCUACGAUAUGGACAAGGAUGGCUAUAUCUCCAAUGGUGAACUGUUCCAAGUGUUAAAGAUGAUGGUCGGAAACAACCUAAAGGAUACACAACUGCAACAGAUUGUAGAUAAAACCAUCAUUAAUGCAGACAAGGAUGGUGAUGGGAGAAUAUCUUUUGAAGAGUUCUGUGCUGUUGUCGGAGGUCUCGACAUUCACAAAAAGAUGGUGGUGGAUGUGUGAAGAGUCCAAGCAGCCUUCCUGCCACCUGCAACACACGCUUUCCUUUCCAUCUCUCUGAUGAUCUGCCCAAGACAUCCAGCAACUGCUCUAUUCCAACAGAAGUAUUUACUCUGUGAAGCUACCUUAUUGUUACCACGAGCCUGGUGAAGCCAACACGUUAAGUGUUUGUGAACUUAAUGACCUGGUGUAGCACUUUACUGACUAAAGAGCAUCUCUGUCAGGACAUGGGAAGAUGGGUGGGCUGAUUAUUUAUUCAUUGUUUUUUUUUGUAAUUAUUACUUUUGAAAUAUUCUGUGUAAUUUUUAAGCAGGUGUAUAUUUAUCUUGUUGAAAAGUAAUAUAAAGGGGAAAAAUAUUUCAGAAUGUGGGGAAUGAUGUGCCAAGCAAAACAUAGAAUUUACAAAAAUGACAAAUAUCGCCUAUUAUUCAUAUUUGGAGAAAACGUAUUUGAUUUUGUAUCAUUUUGGUGCAGUUUUUAAUGUAAGUAAAUACUUGUUUUCUUUUUGUUUUCAUUUUUGUGAUAGUUGUCAUUCAUGCAUUUGUGUUUACUAUUUUUUGUAUUGUAAUAGAAUGCUUAUUUAUAAAUGUUUAUCUUACUGAAAAGUAACUUUUUUUCCUGUGUUUUUAACUUGACAGUAAAGUACAAACAGAUGCCAAGAAAGCAACUGUAUUCAUGGUUUACCUAAGUGUCAGCCAAUUCCAUAAGAAAGAUCAUUCAGGGCCCAUGUAAAAUAUUGAAGAAAUCUAUUCAAUUAACAACAGUGCGAAUUUUAACUGCAGGUCAUACUAUACUUUAAGAAUCCAAACUUGAACACAUCUGAACCAUAUUGCACUAUAUUAAGCAUACUGCUUUGAAAUACCAUUUAGUGCUUUCAGAAUACCAUCUCAGACAUAUUUUAUAAUCUUCUUGUAACAGUAAACUAAUGCUUGUACUCGUUACUAUAUUUGACAUCAUAUACAUCAACUUGUGUUAAGUUUGGCUCACCUGAUAACACAACCUUAAUCUUCCUAUUUUAAUUUUGGCAUAAUAAGAGUAAAGAAAAACUAUUUUAGCAGGAAAGGUUUGGCUGUUGAACUCAUUCUGUGCAUAUCCACUUUCCUUCUUAAAGUGCAACACUAAAUAUCAUGGUGCAUCUGCAAUGUCUGCAUGCACAAUGUUCCUCUCUGCAUGUUUUGUUUUGGGUUGAUUUUCAACAGCACUGUUUACGCUUGAUGUUAAUGAGAAAUGUCUAUGAAUAUGCAUGAUGCCUAAGUGUAAAAAAACAGCACAAUUUGUGAUAGUAAACUGACUUAUUGCAUAUCUAGUCAAGGAUACCUCAAAGUAUGUUUAUUUGAAAUCUUUGAAAUUUCUCUCCCGGUUUAUUUCGGAAAAGGUGUUUUACUUAAGCUGACAAUGAGAAUAGAGAUAUCUACUCUGCAUGCUGCAUACAGUUGCCUACUAUGGGAAUCCAUGGAGUUCAUAUUGUAUACAAAUAAAUAUUCAGAAUCACAUUUCUGAUGAAUCCA